CCACACCGGCUGAAGAAGAGAAAAUAAGCGGGGUAGCAGUGUAUAAAUACAGGCCGAGGGACUCAAUUUUACAUACUUACCUGGACGGGGUCAAUGGGCGAUCAAGAAGGCCCAUGGCCUAAGCUGAUGACUUCCAUUGCACUUUGGAAGGGUGUCCGCUUAAGGCCAACUAUUUGUGUGGACUUCAAAGAGCCGAUCUUCUUCCUCCGUUCAUCUUCUCCAUUUCUUCCUCCGUUCAUCUUCUCCAAAGAGCCGGUCUUCUUCCUCUUACUCCUCAUCUCCUUCCCUUUCUUCCUCUUUUCUCCACCUCUUCAGCUCCCUUGGUAAAUUGCAAAUGGAUUUAAAUCACAUAAGUUGCCAGGAGUCUCUCCAAUAUGUCGAUCAAAAUCUCCCUUGGUAAAUUGCAGCUUUCCACUUGGAUUUUGAGGUUUUUGAGAUUGGACGCAUUCAAAAUCCCCAAUUGUGAACCCUAAUCUGUUAUUGA